CGGCGGCGAUCAGCGAUGGCUCUUUUCACAGUCCGGCGCAAGUUAGCGACAGUCCUAAGCAAAUCCUUCUCUUCUUCUAUUUCGUCAUUUUCCACGUUCUCUUCUCGCUCUCGAUUCGCUUUGCCUUUACUCGACAAAGUCUCCUCGAACCGAACCGGUUUGGGCCCUUGUUACACAACGACCCGACCCAAGACAUCCGGGUCGGGAUACUCUCCGCUAAACGAUCCUUCGCCGAACUGGAGCAACCGUCCGCCGAAGGAGACGAUUCUUCUGGACGGGUGCGAUUACGAGCACUGGCUCAUCGUCAUGGAGUUCACUGAUCCAAAACCUACAGAAGACGAGAUGAUCAAUGCUUAUGUCAGAACGUUAACUUCCGUCCUCGGCAGCGAGGAGGAGGCAAAGGAGAAGAUUUAUUCGGUUUGCACUUCGACAUACACUGGCUUUGGUGCUUUGUUCUCUGAAGAGCUUUCUUGCAAACUCAAAGGCUUACCUGGUGUUCUCUGGGUUUUACCAGAUUCUUAUCUUGAUGUUCCCAACAAAGACUAUGGAGGUGACUUGUACAUUGAAGGAAAGGUGAUACCAAGACCACAGUACAGGUUCACUGAACAGCGCCAGACCAGAAACCGGUCUAGGCCUAGGUAUGGUAGGCGCCGCGAGACUGUCCAGGUGGAGAGGAGAGAGCCAGCAUCACAGAACUGGAACCAGAAGAAUCAACCACCACCACCAUCCAUGGGUAAUCAAGCUCCCGAGAGUUAAAGAGACAAGCACAGUGCUUAAUAAUUUGAAAUCCUUGUUAACUCACAUUGAACAACAAGUAUGCAUCUGUAAUGGAGUCGUAUUAUAUACCUGCCUCAAACUCCUAUCACACCGUGUCAGAAUUAUCAAUUAUUCACAAACAUCAUCUUUCGCGA